AUGGAGACGUGCAGGAGCCUCCAUUAUUUGGUGGAAAGGCUCAUAAAGGCGGGACAUUUGAAGCAAUACCUCCGCUUAGAUACCAGAGUUAGAGACACUCCCCGAAAUCACGACUCUGGGACCCCCAAGAUCCCAAUCGCCCCCAAAGCCAUCAUCAACUAUAGCCAUGGAGGACCACUGGAUGAGGAGUACUACUCCAAAAGAAAAAGACACGGGCUAUUGCGUGCAGCAUCAGUGCGUGAGCGCGUCAACUCCAUACGGCCUGGGAUAACUGGUGGGGGUCCCCGACCCAUAAAUGGGACAAUCAUUUUACCCCCGGUAGACCCCACACGAAUAUUACAACCACACCGCGACGCCCUCAUCCUAUCCCUAGAGAUGAGAGACUUUGAUGUGAGACGAAUCCUAGUCGACCCAGGCAGCUCGGCCGAUCUUUUACAAGCGUCAGUAAUUAGUCAUAUGGGACGUGAUCUAUCCGGCUUUGAAAACUCUAGGCGAAUCUUGUCCAGAUUCAACGGAGUGGCGACUACCUCCUUGGGAGACAUUGUGCUGUCGGUCCAAGCAGGCCCAGUCACUCUCAACGUACAGUUUCCGUGGUACAAGAUUUAUCACCCUUCAAUGUUAUCUUGGGGCGCACAUGGCUACACUAUAUGA